AUAAAGCAAACCCACUCUAACCAACGCUCUGUCUGUAAAAUCUCGCUUGCUCCGCCCCCCAAUCUCAUCAUACACACACUCUUCUUUCUCCCAUUGAACAUGGAGAAGCUCGCAAUGGAGCAGCCAUGGCGUCAUCCGUACAGGCCUCCAGAGACACCUCUAGAGCCCAUGGAGUUCCUCUCUCGUUCCUGGAGCGUCUCUGCCCAUGAAGUCUCUAAGGUUCUGGCUCCCUCCUCAACGAUGAUGCUCUCUAAGACACCCAGUACUGCCGCCAUACAAGAGGACCUUGUUGGGGAGCUCGAAGAGAGCAUAGCCACUGUGUCUGGAAACCCAUUUUCUUUUGCUUCCUCCCAGACCUCUCAGAUGGUCAUGGACAGGAUCAUGUCACAGUCGCAGGAGGUGUCUCCGAGAACUUCAGGGAGGCUCUCGCACAGCAGUGGCCCUCUCACCGGCGCACAGAGCUGCGGCUCCCUGACUGACAGCCCUCCCGUCUCCCCCUCCGAAAUCGACGACAUCAAGUAUUGCCGAUCAAACAAUCCCACCAUCAACGCCCACCAGUUCCGGUCGUUUGCCACGCCAAGCGGUGGUCCAACUAAUAGCGUUGUUGUCGCUGGCGGUGGAAAGACGGUUGGAAGGUGGCUGAAGGACAGGCGGGAGAAGAAGAAAGAGGAGACCCGUACACAUAAUGCCCAGCUCCAUGCUGCGAUUUCGGUUGCUGGGGUUGCAGCUGCCGUGGCCGCCAUUGCUGCUGCUACUGCUUCCUCGUCUGGGUCUGGUAAAGAUGAGCAGAGGGCGAAAACUGACAUGGCUGUGGCCAAUGCAGCAACCCUUGUUGCGGCCCAAUGUGUAGAGGCUGCGGAGGCAAUGGGUGCUGAAAGAGAGCAGCUUGCUUUUGUUGUUGGCUCCGCCGUGAAUGUACGAUCAUCCGGUGAUAUUAGGACACUUACUGCUGCAGCAGCAACAGCACUUCGUGGGGCAGCUACAUUGAAGGCCAGGACAUUAAAGGAAGUCUGGAACAUUGCAGCGGUGAUUCCGGUGGAGAAGGGUAUUGGGGGUGGGGGUGGAAGUAAUGGAAGUUCUAAUGGUAGUUUCAGUGGCGAACUUCUUCCUGAAGAGAAUUUCCUAGGCAUUUGCAGUAGCGAAUUGCUUGCAAGAGGCUGUGAGCUCCUCAAACGUACCCGCACAGGGGAACUUCAUUGGAAGAUAGUCUCUGUUUACAUCAACCGAUUUAACCAGGUUAUGUUGAAGAUGAAGAGUAGGCAUGUAGCUGGGACUUUAACAAAAAAGAAAAAGAAUGUAGUGGAGGAGGUGAUCAAAGAUAUGCCUGCAUGGCCAGGCCGUCAUUUGCUCGAGGGUGGCGAGCACCGACGAUACUUUGGAUUGAAGACGACGGUACGAGGCAUUGUAGAAUUUGAAUGCAGGAACCAGAGGGAGUAUGAUAUAUGGACUCAAGGUGUAUCCAGGCUGCUCACUAUUGCUAAAGAAAAGAACAACAGUAGACAUAUAUAGUUUUAGGGUUUGUUCUUUCACUAAUGGGAGGGGAAAACAAGGCAAUUGGUAAACUGGGAAAAUAUGUAGGAUUUAGAUUGCUUGCCCUGUAAACUUGAAAGAAGUUUGUUAACUUGAUUUGGGCUUUAUUUUUAAUUUUUUGUUUCCUCCAUUUUGUGUACAAAAGUAGUGGUUAAAGAUAAGUUUAUUUAUUUGGGUGUUUUCACUUUUUGCA